UUUUUCAUCGUGGUGAGAUUUAAUAGUAGGAACAGGAUUAUGUUGGUUAAAGUUUACAACCGUUCCCGUGCGAAAAAAGGAACAUAAACAUUAAACCACAGUUUCGCCAAGUUCGAGUGACACUCCAAGCUUUACGAUGGAAGUGAUGGACAUGAACUUCGAGUACGAUUUGAGUAGAAUCUGCCGCUCAUGUCGGAUGGAGUGCCAGGAACUGCAUCCGAUUUUCGAUUCCAUCGGAUCCAGUGGUGUCCCGCUGCAUGAGAUGAUGUCGGUUUGCACCCAACUUCAGAUCCACUACAAUGAUGGAAUGCCUCGGAACCUGUGCUCGCCGUGCGUCACCGAUAUCAACACGUCCUACAGCUUCCGGAAGCGGUGCGAACAGAGCGAUAUGAUGCUGCGGGAGUACAUCUCGCGAAAGAAACAGGACGGCUCAGGAGCGGAUGGCGGUAACGCGGUCAAGGUGGAGCUGUUCGAUAUAAAGCCGGAAAUUACGUUUAUCGAUGCAGAUCCGUUGAUUGGGGAGAAGUGCUUUGCCGUGUCGAUACAAGAUGGAAGGGGAGUUGAGGGGAUUGAAGGCAAUCCGGAGGAAGGAUUGAUUGAAGCACUGGAUGAUGAUGAUGAUAUGAUCCAGGCAGAGUUUGUGGAUAAUAGUGAUAGGGAUAGCGACAUGGACUACGACGGAGGAAGCCUGGAUGAUUUGAUCGAGGAGGUUGAUACGGAGGGAGAAGAAGAGAAGCCGAGGACGAGACAAACACGAGGUAGGAAGGGGCAUGGUUUUACGAAGAUUAAGGGAGGAACGUUAGCCUGCGAUUCCUGUGAGAGGGUGUUUUUGGAUAAGCGUGGCAUUGCAAACCACGUAAAGCAACAUGAACCCAAGCCGAUGAAGGAGUGCUCAACAUGCGAAAGAAAUUUCAGCAGUAGCUACCACCUGUCGCGGCACAUGAAAAUCCACGAAAUGGAAGUUCAGUGCGAACAUUGCGAUAGGAGGUUUUCCGCUGCGGUUUACGAUGAGUAUAGGCAGCAUAUGGAACAGGAGCACCCGGGGAUAGAACUAUUGCCGGAAAGAAAAAUUGAGGACGACAAAGAGCAGGAAUCGGACAAGCCCUUUAGAUGUAAAAUAUGCCACACAGGAUUCAAUCGCCGAACGCAUCUGACGCGUCACAUGAUUGGACACGGUUCGGUCAAACGGUUUGAGUGUGCCGUUUGCCAGAGAAAGUUCCAUCGCAAGGACAAUUUGCAGUCGCAUUUGAAGACCCAUGGGAAACCACGGGUUAAGAGGAUCAAGUCGCAAACCCAACAGAAUGCGGGUCAGUGUGCGAAAGUGGACAAACAGAUCGAGGAUACUAAGGAGGGUAUCCUGGUGAACAAAGCAAAGCCACAGACGAAACUGUGCUCGAUUUGUGGUCAAUGCUUUGGCAGAUCCUAUCACUUGAAUCGACACAUGCGACUGCAUGCUGUCAAACCGGACUUUUCCAAGAAAACGAAGAUCACUAAAAGAGUUAUUACUGGACUUAAAAUGCGGAGACCGACGGGUUCGAUCAAAUCGGUGCAGUGUUCGAUUUGCGAUAAAUGGUUCGGCAGGUCCUACCAUCUCAAGCGGCACAUGAAACUGCAUGAAACCCUUUGCGCAGAUGUAGAUCCUGAGGAAAAUAAACAGAAAUUCGAAAAAUCCGGACUAGAGUUGGCGCUCACCCUAACGGCGGACAUGGUUGAAGAACAAGGCAAAAUGGAAGCCAUCUGUCGGAUUUGCGAUAGCAGCUUCGAUCGCAUAGCCCAACUGCGGAGCCACCUUCGAAGUCACGUGGAUCCGGAAUCCUUUGCCGAUGCGAAUAUCCACACUAAGCCAUAUCUGUUUGAAGAGGGUUACGUCCUGGAGAACUAUUUGGACUAUUUGGUCCAGCAAGUAUGCAAGUGGGACGUCCUACGGUUCUAUCAGAUUGUGGAACCCGACGGAGAGGAGCUGGAAUUGAGCGAUUCGGACUCGGAACCGGAAGAAGCGAAUCAACCGGUGGAAGGGAUCGUUCGCCGGGAACAUGUUUGCGCUUUGUGCAGUGAAAGCUUUCCACGGAUCAAAACUAUUAUGGAUCACGCUAGGGAUCAGCAUCGGCCCGAGGACCUGAUAGGUUGCCGGCACUGUUCGCGUGGCUUCCCAAGUACCGAACUGUUGGUGCGGCAUCUCAAACAGCAAUGCGAAAAUCACCAUAAAAAGUUCUUUUGCACCUUCUGCAACGAGAAAUUCAUGUGGCAAACCAGUUUAAACAAGCACGCCCAGUGCAAGCACAAACCUACCAAACCGCUGUGGGACAAAACGGAACUCAGCGGCACCGGCGAGACGGACGAUAAGGAGAAAAAGUUCGUUUGUCAAGUGUGCAGCAGGGGCUUCCAGAGGUUAGAGCACCUUGAGCGGCACAUCAAGAUCCACAUCCCGUCGGAGAAGAAGUUCGAAUGUACCCAGUGCCAUAAGAAGUUCAAUCGGAAGGACAACCUGCGAUCGCACAUGAAGAUACACAAGAAGGACCCGGAGGAAGAGAUGGCCAACAAGCAGACCCACCUGUGCGUCUACUGCGGCCGUGGAUUCUCCAAUUCGUCUAACCUGAUUGUCCACAUGCGAAGGCACACCGGCGAGCGGCCGUACAAGUGCGACAUUUGCGAUAAGGGUUUUCCGAGGUCAUCGGAUCUGCAGUGCCACAGAAGGACACACACAGGAGAGAAGCCAUGUCUGUGUACCAUUUGUGGUAAGGGAUUUUCCAGGUCGAACAAGCUCGUACGCCACAUGAGGAUCCACACCGGAGCGAGACCAUACUCAUGCACUUACUGUGACCGUGCGUUCACCCAGUCAAACGAUCUGACGCUGCACAUCCGUCGCCACACGGGCGAAAAGCCAUACGUUUGUGGCAUUUGCAACGAACGCUUUAUCCAGGGGACGGCCCUCAAGGCCCAUCAGCGGGUAACGGGUCACUACGACGAUGGCAGCUCCCAGCCGGAACGGUUUGCCAGCAUCAGCGUCAAUAAUCCGAACAGGCUUGGUAUCAACGGACCGAAGGCAGUGCGUCAAAGUCCAGGCACCACCAGCGACGACCUUCCGAAGGUGGUCAAACCGGUCAAGUCACGGAAGAAGGCCAAUCCUUCCGGCAGCAAACCGUCAACUUCGGUUGCACCACCACCACCCAGCGAAUCAUCAGCUACGGUCACAUCAUCGAAAUCGAUUACGGUUCUACCCGCUUCGGCCGUUUUCUCGGCACCAGCCUCACCGGGAGAGAGCAGUAUCAAAGCACCGCCUUCGAGCCUACAUGGUUUACCCGGUGCACCGCAUGGCUACGUCCCGAUGCCAUACAUUAUGCCGAGCUACGACCUCGCCUCGACCGGUCUAUUCUCGCAGAAUUUUAGUCAGCAGCAGUAAAUUCUCGCCCUGUUUGUCUCUAGCUUGGUAAGGACUUCUAGUAGUACUGCGUUGGUAAUAUAAGGACAUUUUUACGGAUAAUAAAAUAACAGAACAAGUAUGUAGCACUUAUAACAGCUGAAACGUCUCUCUUUUUAUUUCCGAACGAUUGAAUUGAUUUUUAAAGCGAAUAUUUAAAACCUUGCUGGUAAUAUACCAUAUUUAAUACAGAAAUGAAGCGAAGGUAUUAAGCGACACAGUUUUGUAAGGUUUGUAUACAUAUUAUGCUCAAGAUAGUGCUUGCAUGAUUAUCCGCUAAACUUGAAUAGUUGUUGCUUGGCAAAACAGUAACUCUUAGCACUCUAUUCUAAUACUUUUCUUUUUAGUCGUGUUGUAGGUGAUCUUAACAAGUUGUCUGCAGCUUACAAUUGUCAUAAUUGGUGCUUUUUUACUAUCUAGAAAGGUAUGAUCAAUUUGGCAAUUUAAAUUCAACAUUCCCUGUGAAAGCCGGCGUCCAAAAUUUACAGAAAAGAAAAGUGGAUAAAAGUUUACAAAUUAGCAAUGAGGCGGAUUUUGAACAUUUUAAUACCUUUGUCCGCUCGUGCAGUAUGGAUGCCUGAUAAAAAGAAAAAGAAAAUACAUUCGGCAGAAUGUCCUGAAAAGCUUGAGGUGAUUCCUAGUAGAGUCCAUAAAUGGCCGCCACGUAGGCUAUACAUGCACUUCCACUUCGAAUUUUCAAUUACACAAAUCUCGGAAAUCAGUGCCCCAUUUCAUUUGAAAUUGCUACUUCAUGUAUG